GCGGAGCGACAGGUCUCGGGCCCUCAGCGGAGCGGCGGGCGCCGGACCCCCAGGCGGAGCGACAGGUCUCGGACCCUCAGGGCGGAGUGGUGGGUGCCGGACCCCCAGGCGGAACGACAGGUCUCAGGCCCCCAGGCGGGGCGCGGCGGGGGCACCGAGUCACCAGGCACAACCGUGGGCUCCGAGUCAACUGGGAUGACCGCUGGCACUGGGUCAUUUGGCUCGACAGCGGGCACCGCGUCAUCUGGCAAGGCAGUGGGGCUCCGAGUCAACUGGUAUGACCGCGGGCACUGGGUCAUUUGGCUUGACAGCGGGCACCGCGUCAUCUGGCAAGGCAGUGGCUCCGAGUCAACAGGCACGACAGUGAGCACCGGGUCAUCAGGUACCGGAUUGUCUGGCUGAGGAGACAGCGGGCAUCGGGUCACCAGGUAUGACAGCGGGCACUGGGGUCACCAGGCAUCAGGUCAUUUGGCUUGACAGCGGGCACCGCGUCAUCUGGCAAGGCAGUGGGCUCCGAGUCAACAGGCACGACAGUGAGCACCGGGUCAUUUGGCUCGACAGCGGGCACCGGAUCAGGUACCGGAUCAUCUGGAUCAACAGCGGGCAUCGAGUCAACUGGCCUAAUAGGAUCGUCAGGCUGGAUCAGUUCAUCAUGCUGGGGGUCAGAGGCAUCAGGCCAAGUAGAGGCUUCAGGCCGAGUAGAGGCUUCAGGCCGAGUAGAGGCUUCAGGCCGAGUAGAGGCUUCAGGCCGAGUAGAGGCAUCAGGCCGAGUAGAGGCAUCAGGCCGAGUAGAGGCAUCAGGCCGAGUAGAGGCUUCAGGCUGAAGAGAGGCUUCAGGCUGAACCACGGAAGGCAGGCUCACCGGUUUGGAUACUGGCAGGAUGGUAUUGGUUGGAAAGAAUUUUCGCUUUUUUCUGGUUUUAACUACUGGAGCACUGCAAGUAAACGCAGGUCUGCAAACGAAUGGAGCAGCUGGAGACAGAGAAGAACUGGAGGAUGGAACAGGAGAGGGAGCGGUUGCUACAGAGGGCUCUUUUACAGGGUUAAAGGCAGGAUAGGUGCAGCGAGUGGGAACAGGGUACUGACAUGCGGUAGAUAG